AGUUCAAACCCCAGUCCUGUCCAAAAAAAAAGAACUUAGCGUAUCAAAGUACUACACAGGAGUGAAAAAUGGGCUGCAGUGCCGGUGCCAACGUGAGUAAGUCCUGGAAGCAAUGCUGAGUGAAAAGUCACUUUGCACCUCUUGCACUUUUGAAAAAAGCUGCAGAGCACAGCCGUCUCGGGAACUCGCGGAAGGUGGUGAAUCGUGGCGCCCACAGCUGCGCGCCCCUCCCGCCCCGGCACUCAGCCGUCAAAUGGACUCCAAGGACUGACGGCCGCCUCGCUCCUACCUUUCCAAGCUUGCGACUACUUUCGUUACAUCUCAGGCCCCGGACUCUUGCUCGCGGAAUAACGGAUGGCAGACAGGUGGCUUCCUGCGGACCUGGAGCGGUGGCUCCAUAGGGGACUCCGUAAGCGACGUCGCGGACACCUGCCCCUGGGGCUCCAUCACAGCGGAGCCCGGUCCCACUCCUUGGCUUCCGCCUGUCCUCUGGGCGCAGCCCCGUGGGGGACACCAGCCUCCCGGCUGAGGACGGCGGUGGCGGUGGGCUCGUGGCUCGCCAAUCCACGGGGCCGCCGCCAGAGGCCGCCGCCGCUCCCCUAUGACACAGCAACAAUAGGGGCCGCUCUGGGCUGCGCGCGCCUCGGGCCCGCGCUUCCGCCGGAAGGGAGCCGCCGGCGCGGGGGCGGGACGGGGCGGGGCGAGCGCGAUGGACGGCCGCACGAACCAAUUGAGAGCGGAAUAGGGCCGGCCGUGCGACUGACGGAACCCAAUCGACGGCGAGAGCGGCAGCGGGGCGGGCCGAGCGUGGGCUUCCGGCGGGGCCCGGCAGGCGCCGAGGAGGAAGAGCUAGCUCGGACGGCGCGUCUUGGCCGAGUGAUGACGACUUCAGGCGCUCUCUUCCCAAGCCUGGUGCCGGGCUCGCGAGGGUCCUCCAACAAGUAUCUGGUGGAGUUUCGGGCAGGAAAAAUGUCAUUAAAGGGAACUACGGUCACCCCAGAUAAACGGAAAGGGCUAGUGUACAUUCAGCAGACGGACGACUCUCUCAUUCACUUCUGCUGGAAAGACAGGACGUCUGGGACCGUGGAAGAUGAUUUGAUUAUCUUCCCUGACGACUGUGAGUUCAAGCGUGUGCCUCAGUGUCCCAGCGGGAGGGUCUAUGUGCUCAAGUUUAAGGCCGGAUCCAAGCGACUCUUCUUCUGGAUGCAGGAGCCUAAGACUGACCAGGACGAGGAGCACUGCCGGAAAGUGAACGAAUAUCUGAAUAACCCUCCUAUGCCUGGAGCACUGGGGACCAGUGGGAGUGGCGGCCAUGAGCUCUCUGCUCUUGGAGGAGAGGGCGGUCUGCAGAGCCUGCUGGGAAAUAUGAGUCACAGCCAACUCAUGCAGCUCAUCGGACCAGCUGGCCUUGGAGGACUGGGUGGGCUUGGGGCCCUCACUGGGCCAGGCCUGGCUAGCCUAUUGGGGAGUGGUGGGCCUCCAGCAAGCAGCUCCUCGUCCAGCUCCCGGAGCCAGUCUGCAGCAGUCACCCCAUCCUCCUCCACCUCUUCUGCCCGUGCCACCCCAGCCCCUUCUGCCCCAGCAGCUGCCUCAGCGACCAGCCCAAGUCCCGCACCCAGUUCAGGUAAUGGAACCAGUACGGCAGCCAGCCCGACCCAGCCUAUCCAGCUGAGUGACCUGCAGAGCAUUCUGGCCACCAUGAACGUGCCAGCUGGACCAGGAGGUGGCCAGCAAGUGGACCUGGCCAGUGUGCUGACGCCAGAGAUCAUGGCUCCUAUCCUCGCCAACGCGGACGUCCAGGAACGCCUGCUACCCUACCUGCCCUCAGGGGAGUCACUGCCUCAGACUGCGGAUGAGAUCCAGAACACGCUGACCUCGCCCCAGUUCCAGCAGGCCCUGGGCAUGUUCAGCGCAGCCUUGGCCUCAGGACAGCUGGGGCCUCUCAUGUGCCAGUUCGGUCUGCCUGCCGAGGCCGUGGAGGCUGCCAACAAGGGCGAUGUGGAAGCAUUUGCCAAAGCUAUGCAGAACAAUGCCAAAUCCGAGCAGAAGGAGGGCGACACAAAAGACAAGAAAGAUGAAGAGGAAGAUAUGAGUCUAGAUUAAAUUAUUUGCAGUCUUUUAAGGAAUUGGAAUUCUUAGUCACGUGACUCCUGUAGUGGCGUUUGUGAUUUGUUGCAUCCCCUGUCCUGUUCUGACCCGCUAAUAAAUAAAAGUCCUUUCUUUUA